AUGGUGAAAUUGGGGACGGUUUUGGUGGUUCUAGUUGUUAUUUCUAUUAGCUCCAGUCGGGCUGAUGAUUCAGAGAAAACGAAGCAUGGCCAUCAUCAUCAAGAAACGGAAAAACUAAGUCAUCAGGCGGAACAUGAGAAGAAAGUGGCAAGUGUUCAAAAUGCGAAAGAAGACAGGAUAUUCGUGACGCGUAAGGAUAGUCAAGGGCCUAGCCAUCAAAAGCCAGCAAAACAACCAACGAAAACGAAAAACAAAGUCAAAGUUGACCGCCCGAAAAAACCAUCCGAACCCGUGCCUGUUGUGGCAUCUCCGGCGGCUAAAGUGACCAAAAAACCGGAUAAACCUGCCGAGAAAGAAACUGUGGUUAAAACUGAGUCGAAGGCUCCACAGCCUCCGUUAUUUGCUUUGCUCAAUGAAAAUAAGUUAAAUGAGGCAGCAUCUUCUGUCGGAAGUGGUUCAACAGACUCUCCAACGAGGGACAGUUCAAGUUCUUCAACAGAAAGUUCUCCAACAGAAAGCGCUUCAACAGAAAGUGCUUCAACAGAAAGUGCUUCAACAGAAAGUUCUUCAACAGCAGCUAGUGAGAAUGGUGCUGGGGUUUCGGAUGAUCCAAGCACGGUGGCACCUUCUUCAGAUCUUUCUACAGAAUCAACUACAGUGGAAACCAGUUCGGUCGAUCCCUCAUCAGUCAGUGAAAGCUCAACUUCAAAAGCUGACCAGGAGCCAGCGGUCGUGGAAACUUCCGAGAGCUCACCUUCAGAUCAAAGCUCGAGUUCAGCAAGUGAAUCGGUAACGUCCACUUCAAAUUUACCACCACUAUUUCCUCAUUUUGAAAAUAUUUUGGCAAGUCUGCAACAGGUCCAAAGUUUAAGCAGCAAUCCUAACUUUACUGGUGGCGUUGCGCACGAAAGCGAACUUGAUAAAUUGCUAAAUGCAACUACGAAUGGAACUUCUGCAGCCGGAUCCAAUCCAUUUUCCUUCACAGUGCUUACGGCCUCUACGGCAUCCAGUGCGGCUGAAGUAGACUCCUCUGCAAGUGUUGCUACCGACACAUCAACAGAUAGUUCUGUGGUUACGGAUCCUGAACCACAAACCUCUACAACAGGAGAAGCUGACACAGCAUCGAAUAGCGCUUCGGAGUCUACAACGCCCGGCGAAGUAACAGAGUCAGCACAGUCGGCCAGCGAAGGAGAUUCAGUGCCAAGCAGCGUGCCUGAGACUUCCUCAUCUGCUACAGACACUUCUCCAGCAGAGUCUUCUACGGCUGCUGGUGAAAGUGAUUCGACGCCAAGUGAAGAAUCAUUGGCAUCAAGCUCUAGUAGUGGGGAUGAAUCGGAACCUACCACCGCUGUCUCUGAAUCGACUCCUGCUUCAGAAACACCCGAUUCCGCUAGUUCAACCGACGCAACAGUAGAACCAUCAACGGAGAGUUCGAAUGCAGAAUCUAGUGCAUCAUCUGCGGCACCAGUAGAACCAUCAACGGAGAGUUCGAAUGCAGAAUCUAGUGCAUCAUCUGCAGCACCAGUGGAACCAUCAACGGAGAGUUCGAAAGCAGAAUCUAGUGCAUCAUCUGCAGCACCAGUAGAACCAUCAACGGAGAGCUCGAAUGCAGAAUUUAGUGCAUCAUCUGCGGCACCAGUAGAACCAUCCACGGAUGGCGCUGGUGCAGAAUCGAAUCCUUCAGCUGCACCAUCAACAGUGGGUUCGGAUGCAGAAUCUACUGUAUCAUCUGAAGCACCAGCAGAACCGUCAACGGAGAGUUCAGCUGGAGAUUCGAAUGCAUCAACAGCGGCAUCAGAACAACCAUCUACAGUGGGCUCCGAUGCAGAAUCUAGUGCAACAUCUGCAGCACCAUCAACGGAGGGUUCAGAUUCAGAAUCCAGUGUAACUACAGCAGCUCCAGUAGAACCAUCUACUGUCGGUUCCCAGCUACCUUUCCUAACUAACAUCAGCUUUGUUCCAUUUUUAUCGUUGAAUGGUUCGUCCAAACCUAGCCAGCUACAGCAGCUUUUAGACAAAUACACCCAGAAGCUAAACAAUACACGAACUCCAAUUUCGGAUGAAAACAAACCUGGUUUCCCCAGCUUAAUGAACCCAGCUCUGCCCUUAAUCUUCCAAAAUUUUACACACAACAGCAGUCUGAUACAACUUUUAGCCUCAACCAAUAUGGGAAAUAUCAAAGAACCUUUGGAUCAGAUUACCGGUACCCUUACUGGUCUCACAUCUGGCUUCGGAGCUGGAAAUCCGUUCAGUGGAAGCACUAACUCUACUGGAGCGCCAGGUACGAAUCCAUUCGAAGUGUUAUCUGGAUUGUUUCAAGGAGGACUCAACAAUGCUAGUAGCAUCGGAACUGGUUUAUUCGGUCAGCUUCCCUCUUUGAAUACCAAUGGUAGUGCUCAAAAAAAUCCAUUAUUUGCCCCAUCACCUGGAUGGUUUAACAGACCUACUCUAAUCUACAACUUCACAGCAGCAAAUACGUCAUUUGAAAAUCUUGCACUCAACUCAAGCUUAAAAGAUCCUUCGUUGAAUGAUCCUCUGAUUAUUUCGGCAUUCCCAGCGAAACCUGCUAGUCCAGUGCAUGGACUUGGUGGUGUAGGUCAAGCAGCUUUAUUGCAAAUUUUAGCCACCAUUCCAGCGCCUGCAGACUCAACCAACGCGGGCAAUGAAUCACCGAUUCCGGCAAUCCCAGCAAUUCCUGCUGUACCUGCGAUACAAGAAAUUCCAUCAGCUUUAGGAGUCCUUAGUCCUCUCCAAGGAAAUCUCACUAACAUUUUCUUUACAAGUCCUGUCAGUGGCCUACCUUGGUCAGGUCCUGGUGCCCUCCAACAAUUAGUUGCCAAACUUCCUGCACCUUCCAACGCGGGAAAUACAAUGAAAGAUCCUCCAAUUCCAGCAAUCCCCGCAAUACCUGCAAUUCCGGCGAUUCCAGCAAUCCCGUCAAUUCCGGAGGUGCCGAACCUUCAAGGACUCACAGGAAAUCUCACCAACGCGUUCACCAAUCCACUGGGUGCCCUAACCGGUCCUGGGCAAGCGGCUCUUCAGCAAAUCAUUGCAACCGUUCCCACAACUUCGAAUACUACUAAUACGAUGAGUGAUCCUCCAGUACCAGCAAUCCCCGCAAUACCUGCAAUCCCGGCGAUUCCAGCAAUCCCGUCAAUUCCGGAGGUACCGAAUCUUCAAGGACUCACAGGAAAUUUUACCAACGCGUUCACCAAUCCACUGGGUGCCCUAACCGGUCCUGGACAAGCAGCUCUUCAGCAAAUCAUUGCAACCGUUCCCACAACUUCGAAUACUACAAACACGAUGAGUGAUCCUCCUAUACCAGCAAUACCAGCAAUCCCCGCAAUUCCGGCGAUUCCUGCAAUCCCGUCGAUUCCAGAGGUACCGAACCUUCAAGGACUCACAGGAAAUCUCACCAACACAUUCACCAAUCCACUGGGUGCCCUAACCGGUCCUGGGCAAGCAGCCCUUCAACAAAUUAUCGGCGCAACUUCAGGAAACUCAACCUCCAGUAACGCUCAAAAUGAUCCCAUCCAAGGUUCAAUCCAACAACUUACCGGUGGUUUAACCUCUGCAUUUUCGAAUCCCUUGAACGCAACCGGUGUUCCAGGAUCACCGAUCGACGUCAUCUCCAAUGGCACCAGUGCGCUCCAACAAGUCUUCAACAGCACGGCGCCAAACAUUCCUGUUUUCGGACAGCUUCUGCCGGCUCCCUCCUUUUCACUCCCUCUGCCGUCGGACAGUUCUAAGGACGUUUUAUUCCUCAGCACUCUCGAGUCGCACACCAAAGCCCUCCUUGAAAGCCUUCAAAAUGGCAACCAUCAUCCAGAAACACCUUUACCAGUCGCAGAGAUUUCCAAGCUCAUCCAACAUGUGGGAUCGCGGUUCUCCGGUCCUCUCGCAUACCCUUCACAUCUUUACGCACUGCUUCUCGCCAAUAACAUUACUCUUCCACCACCAACCGAAAACAACGAUAACAACAAUGACGCCAAAUUUGGACCACCCUUCCUGAAUGCCGCUGUUCUCAAUUGGAACGCAGUUAAUCAGUUCCCCUUCCUCGCCAGUUUGUUUGGAUCAUCUCCAAGCGCUUCCAAAAAGCCUCUCAGCACUCGACCCGUUCUCGAAUGCCCGGCUUGUUCUGCCACUUGUGGAGUCGUCAACAAUGUUCGCCAGGAGCGUAUCAUCGGGGGUGAAAUCGUGAACCCUCCCUCGAAGUAUCCCUGGAAUGUGCGAUUCACCUAUUUCGGUAGCGAUGCCGGCCAGGGAACACUUAUCAACGAUCGAGCCAUCAUAACUACUGCCUCGACCAUCCUCAACAUGCCACUGUACUCGCAGGCAGCUGCCGUCUUCAACGUGUUCGAUCGUGCUUCAACAGUGGAGCAGCACCUUGUCAAGGGCAUCGCGAAGGUCGUCGCUCAUCCCGACUUCGAUCCGAAGAAACCCUUUGACAACAACAUCGGCAUAGUGGUGCUGGAAGGGCCCGUUCCCUUUAGCGAUACACUGCGACCUAUAUGUCUUCCAACGGCCUUCGACUCGUACGGCGGAAGUCAAGGCGUGAUCGUUGGAUGGGGCUCCAAUACCGAGGAUGGUGAACCCUCCCAGGUACCACAGGAGGUCCGCAUACCCUUGUACAGCGAGAAGGAGUGCAAGAUGGCUAAUCCAGACCUGACCGGCGGUAAUCUGUGUGGAGGCGUCGUAAAGCCUGCCCCUAAUAAUGCCAUUAAAACGACCUGUGAGGGUGACGAUGGAGCGGCUCUGAUGAUACCCGCCCGCGAUAAUCCAAUGCUUCAGACGCUCAUCGGAGUGGCCAUUACGGUUCCCUACGAGGGUUGCGGCAACGUUAACCAGCCCGCCGUUUUCACGAACGUUCAGAAUUUCAUCGAUUUUAUCAUCUACCAUGGAGUUGGGUGCGGUUGUUGA